GGCCUCAGUCGCCCUUCUCCUUGGUCGCGUAGCGCUCCUCGUAGGUCUUCUGGAUGGCCUCGUCGGAUAAUGAGCGGGAGCGGCGCCGGGGGUCGACGUGCUGCGACAUCUCCUGUAUCGAACCCUUGGAGACCGUGUGUUUCAGUGUCGGUGCGGGCGCGGACCGCUGGUCGUUGCUGGGCGCGUCCUCGGCGAUGGCGGGCAGCGUCGACAUCAUCUUAUUGUAAGCGGUGUGGGGCGGAGAACAAGAGAGCACCGGCCCUUGUCACACCCUGAAUCUGGUCACAUGCGGACAGGUGCGACGAAGACGGGUCCCAAUCAUCCCCGUCCUCACUUACAUGCAUGGAACUGCGUCUCCCCGUUGCCUGGUGCUGCCGAAGCAAACCCGACCCCAGUCGAGCUCAACACACAAAAACGCGACUGGCAAAUCGCGUUGAUCUCUCACAUAAAUCAACCAAUCCGAGCGUCGAUUGGAGCUGCAGUGCUCGGAGGUUAGCAGAUUACAUUGCUGCAACCUCAUUUGCUGUGCUUGCACUGGUGUCGAGCGGCAGCUGUGAGAACAAGGCACUAUUCGCAGGAUAGGCGUAGCGCAAGCCCACAGAUCUCGCCGCAGCGCGGGCAAGCUAGCAGAUCACACCGCAGCGCGGGCAAGCUCGCAAAUCACACCGCAGCGCGGACAAGCCCACAGAUCACACCGCAGCGCAGCGUCAGCGCAGGACCAUGACGGGCCGCAUCUCCCCGCCGAGAAAAGGCGAGCGGUCGUCGUCGAUGGACGACAGCGGUUUAGAUCAUCGCUUCGACAGCGGGAAGGGGUACAAGACGAAGCAGAGCGAGUUGGACGACGUGGAGCGCUACGUCGCGGGCUGCAUGUUAUUGAGGCACGUUGCUAGAGGCGAGCGCGAGCAAGCUAGAAAACUGUGUACCGAUGAUGCACGCUUGGUGAACUAUCGCGACUACGAUCGAAGAACGGUGUUGCAUCUGGCGGCGAGCGAAGGGCGCCUCGGCAUCCUCGAAGACCUGCUCAACCGUGGUGCUAGACCAAAUAGGUCGGAUCGGUGGGGCGGCUCACCUUUAGAUGAUGCCCUGCGGCACCGGCACCACGCCGUCGCUUCCGAAUUGCGGAAGCGCGGUGCGCGGCUGGGUGCUGGAGUAGACUACGGCGCGCAGAUCAUCGCGGCGGCCGCGGCGGGGGACGUCCGCGCCGUUGGAAGACCGUGUGGAAAUCAACCAAUCGAGCAGACGUCGCGUCGAUGGCGUGGAGUUUGACGUGAUUUCUACACAGGUCGAGGAUUUACUUGAUGAUGGGGCCAUCCAUGCGAACGCGCAGGAUUAUGACGGAAGACGGCCGCUCCACCUGGCCGCCGGCGAGGAGCACCUGGAAGUCGUCACCCUACUCCUGAGCAGGGGCGCGGACCCGGGAGUCAGAGAUAGGUGGGGCCACGCGCCCCUCGACGGGUGUAGUCAUGAUGGAGCGUGUGAAAAAGCACUCAUAACAGCGGGCGCGCCGCCGCGGCGCAUGGACGGCUCGCAGGCGUCGGGCCGCGGCGACCAGACGCCGCGAGACGGAGGUUGUGAGUUCAUCACCGACCCGCAGGAUGUGGAAUUGCUUGAGAGGUUAGGUGGAGGGUCCUUCGGCGUCGUGUAUCGGGCGACGUGGCGGGGCACUCCUGUAGCCGCGAAAUGUUUGAGGGCGACGGCGGGCAACUCCGAGGACGAGGCGCUAGCCCUCAAGGAUUUCCACAACGAGGCCACCGUGCUGUUUCGGUUAAGGCACCCGAACAUCGCCACUCUGUUAGCCUACUCCGACGCCCCGGGAAAGGAGAUAUUAGUGUCCGAGCUCAUGCGGGGCUCGGUCCUAGAUCGUCUUAGGGUAUUAGGAGACGGCCGCUACUUACAAAAGCCGAAAGCGCUGCGAUGGGCGACGGAACUAUGUCGCGGCAUGGCCUACCUCCACUCGCGGCGGCCGCCGGUGCUCCACCGCGAUCUAAAACCCGGCAAUCUACUGCUGGACUCCAACGACUCCAUCAAGAUCACGGACUUUGGCCUGGCGACGAUACGAGUCGCUUCUACGGAAUCGAAGAGCCCCGGCCCCGACUCGCCGGAAGAUCUAACGGGAACGACGGGUUCGUUCCGCUUCAUGGCGCCGGAAGUCGCCGCGUCGAAGCCGUACGGCCGGCCCGUCGACGUCUACUCCUUCGCGAUGAUCCUCUACAAUUUAUAUGCGUCCGAGCCGCCGUGGCGCGGUGAAAGUGGGGAAAGUGCGGCUCGGCACGGCAUUCGGGGCGAGCGGCCGAAUUUACCUCGUAGCUGGGAUCAAAAAGUAGUGGAUCUGAUCCGCAAUUGCUGGGCGCACGAGCCGGCGGCGCGGCCGUCGUUCUUGGCGAUUCUAGACCUGCUCGACGAGCUCGCGUCGGCCGGCCUCGUCGAGGCGGACACAGCUUUUUCGACGAGGGCGAAGAAGGCGUGCUGCGUCGUCUCCUGAGGACUCAUCUCUGUCCCGUACCGCUCUCGAGCCGACCGGACAUCCUACCCCUAUCUUUCUCUCACGCUGACUCUCAUGUCUAAUACGAAUGUAAACUA